AUGUCAGACUUCAGUGAUGAUGACGAUGAUGAAAUUCUUCAAGCCAUUCUAGCGGAACCACAUAAUGAAAACGAUAUGAAAGGUAAAUUAUACGCUGCGGAAGGAGAGGUGGCGAUACUACGAGCUCAACUAGAACAGGUUCAACGGGAAAGAUUCGAAGAAGUCAGUAAAGUCCGAGACACUUAUAAUCAAUUUAAGAAGAAUGCUGAUGAUCAAGUGAUCACAUUAAAGCAUGCGGUGCAGAAGUUAGAGGAUGAGAAGAAGUUCUUAAACAAUGAAUUAAAGUCACACACCUAUACUAAGAAAAGGAAAAUCACUUCGACUAUAGACGUAUCUAAUUCAAAUAUAACUACAGAUGAUGAAACGUGGCAAACCAGAGUUCGCCAACAACAAUCCAUCCAACGGAUCAUAAAAGUUCAAAAUGAUUCGUCACUAUUUGCUGAUCAGAUUUGGAAUCAUUGUAUUAUAGGAAGCAAAAGAACCACACUAAGUUAUCUUAGUAAAAUUAGUGUAGAUUUCUAUGAAGAUAUUAAAGAUUUAAAGAUUAAAAGACGUAUCCCCAUUUCAUCAUCCAUAUCAGAAUAUAUAAUGUUGAAGAAGACUCUACGACUUGAUCAAUUAAUUAAUGAAUUUUGUAUUUCAUUAAUUUGUUUAGUAGAAAUCUUACUUGAACGCAAAGCCAUUGUAUCAAUUCCCUUUCUACUUUCAUUAAUUCAUUGUUCAAUAAGUUUCCGACCAGCAGCCAUUACAAAAUCAUUAAUUGAAGAAUUACUUAUUAAAUUAAAUGGGAUAACUGUUAAAUUUUCAUUUUUAUUAAAUUCUAAUUUAAAUGAAGAAGAUUAUAUAAAUUAUCAUGAUGUACCUCAUCAAAUUAUGUUACUUGAAAAAUUUAUAUUUAUAAGUUGUUUAGAUAUUAUGGAAAAAUUAGUAACUUAUACUUCAUUAUAUGAUUCAAGAUAUAUUGAAAAGAUUUGGCAGAAUAAGUAUAUUUCAUUAGAAUUAUUUUCUAAAUGUUUAUCGGAAAAUAGUGAACGAUUUAAAACUUCAAGUCAAAUUAAUGUUCUUUAUAAUUUUGUUGAAAUGUUAACCUCUUCAAUAACUGAAGAUACAUUUGCAUUUAAUAAUCAUAAAUCUUUAUGUACUGAUAAUAUUAUUAUAGAAUCAUUAUUAAAAAUCUUUCUCAUAGAUAUUCCAAUUAAAGAUGAUUUUAUGUUUUAUGGAUUAAAUCGAAUUAUUGGUAAUAAUAUAGAUUUUCUUAAGAUAAAUGCAACUGUACCAGAAGCAAAAGAUAUUGUUAAUAAUUUUAUUAUUCUUAUACCUCAACCUAUACCAUUUGAAUUAUUAAAUGAAAAUAAAGAUAAUCAAAUUAUUCAAAAUGAAUUAUAUGUUAAACAUGAAUUUCAUUCAUUAAAUUUAAGAAUUAAAGUAGCCGAUUUAUUACAAUCAUUAAUAAUUACUAAACAAGUUGUAGAAUUUCUUCAAACUAAAGAAUAUGUUAAAUCACUUAUAAGAAUUAUUGGAUUUGAACAAGUUAAUAUUAUGAAAUCUCCUCGAGUUAAACAUGUAAGUUUAAGAAUUGAUAUAAUAUCAAAGAUUUUAAAGAUUUUAAAUUAUAUAAGUCAAGAUGUUCAAGAUUUAAGUGAAUUAGUUUAUCCAGAAACUAUGUAUGAAUUAUUUGUAGUAUUACUGAGAAUUGCCUUUGGAUCGGAUUCAUUAUCUAUAGAUGCUCAUAAUUUAUUAACUAAAAUAAGAACUCGAGGUUAUUUACAUCAAACUAUAUUUAAUGGUUGGAGUGAAUUAAAAGCUCGAGAAAUAAAUCAUUUAGAUUUUUCAACUAAUACUAAUGAUCUUCAUACUCGAAAAUUAUUAGCAGAUAUUGAAAGUGAUUACCCUAAUGGACUUGAAAUACCUUAUGAAUCAGAAACAGUAGAAUUAGCUAGAGAAUUACUUACUAUAUUUGCAACUCAUGGAGAAGCAGAUAAUUUAUAUUUUAAUAUGAAUUAUGAAGUACAUGAGGCAAAGAAUGAAGAAUUCGAUGAGAUGGAAUUAGUAGAAUAGAGUGAAAAAAAGAACUAUUACAUUAUAAAAAUUAUUUAGUA